AAAACUUUUUACGCGACUAGACACUUGUUUAUAAACUUAACGUAACUUUAAGAAAUUGGCAAAAAGUUAAACUUACAAUCGAAAGCUACGGUUAUAAAUGAUUUUUUAGUUAAAAGUGAAUUUAAAAAGAACAUUGAAAUUUUGUUUUCAAAAUGGAUUCGUGUGUUUUAAUACCAGAACAAUUUAGUUUAGUUUUGACAUUACAUCCAAACCCUAAGAACAUUUUAGAGAUGUCCGUAGCUGUAUGGAGCAAUACAUUUAUUCCUGCUGGAACAAUUUUCCGUCCGGACGAAGGUGUCUUCAAGUUGGACAAAAUAGAAGUGUUUUCCAAGCUUCCUGCAACUGAUAUACGUUACAAAUUUGGUUGUUAUGAUGAAAUCUGUGACGUUGAAAACAGAAAGGUGCGACAUUGUAAUUGGAUCCGAUUUAGCAAAUCUUCUGGAAACAUAAACGAUGUCAACUUCAUUGCUGCUAUUGUGAAAGACCAGCCUAUUUAUCAAACCAUCCGUCCAGUCAAACCAAACGAUGAAAUCGUCGUCUUCUUUGAUCAUGUAAAUAUCCAGUCUGAGGCAGACGACACGAUAGAAGAAAUCGACGUUGUCGGAGACGCAGACGAAUGUAUGGAAAGUAGUAUGAAGAUUGAGAAUGAGACGUCACCGGUUCUGAACAGUAACUCUUCCUUAGAGAUGUCUCGAGAAGAUGACUGCCGUUCUAGUUUGAGCGAUAUUACAAGCUGUGGUGAAGAUCAAGACGAACAGGCAAAAUCAGAAAGCACAGAAAUUCCCAGCUCUAGUCAUGAGAGUAGCUUAAAUUCCAGCAAGGACAUAUCCGCUUCUAGUCACAACAGCAGUGGGAUAAUAUCCAGUAAACCAACAGACUCUACUGAAUCAGACAUAACCAGCAGUAGCCCAGACUUUACGGAGAAACCAGUCAGGCGGAACAGAGAAAGAACGUGGCUACCAUGUGAAGUAUGUGGCAAACGAUUUGACCGUCCAUCUUUGUUGAAACGACAUAUGCGCACCCACACAGGUGAAAAACCCCAUGCUUGUGAUGUUUGUGGCAAAGCAUUCUCUACUUCUUCCUCCCUGAACACCCACCGCCGGAUUCACAGUGGAGAAAAGCCCCACCAGUGUAAAGUGUGUGGCAAACGAUUUACAGCAUCUUCUAACCUUUACUAUCAUAGAAUGACCCAUAAUAAGGAAAAGCCACACAAAUGUAACAUGUGCUCCAAGUCGUUCCCGACCCCAGGAGAUUUACGAAGUCAUAUGUAUGUUCACAGCGGAUCCUGGCCAUAUAAAUGUGAAAUCUGCAAUAGAGGAUUCAGCAAACAGACCAACCUUAAAAAUCAUUUAUUGUUACAUACAGGUGACAAACCUCAUGCAUGUUUAGUUUGUGGGAAGAAGUUUGCUCUUCAAUGUAACCUCAGGACUCACAUGAAAACACAUGAAAAUGACAGUCAAGAUGAAUGCUUAAAAUGUGGAAAAACCUUCACAGUCACAGACAAACAGGUUUUCACUGGGCGUUGCAUAGGAUGUUCGCAUGAUCAACAACUCUUGACAAAUUUCAGUAUAUCUCGUUUGACAGAAUCUACACCAAAGUGCUACAGCAAAAAUCUUAAUUCGAAUGACUUUAGAAGGACAUCAUCAUUGACGUCUCCUCAUUUCGAAAGAUCCCCUCCAUUUUCUUCAGCACAAUUUUUUACGACGCCAUCACACGUUACAGCAGCGCUGUCGCCAAUCACGGCUUUGAAUCCAAUUUUUACUGGAAUGGUACCAGGCUUUACUCCGGUUUCUUCUCGUUCUAGUGAAAAUCUAAAAUUAUACGGACAGUUUAUGUUGGAUGAACACGCACAAGGACGACAACUAUGGACAGGAGUACCCGCGCACGGAUAUUGAUCAAAUGUCUCUUCCUGUUAGUGCAAUAUGUGAAUGACGUACACAAACAAAUGAUAACUAAUAGUGCCAAAAACAAUUUCUUUGUAGAUAUCUUUUUAAUUGUAUUUUCUGUAGACAGUAUGUGCACUUCUACGCAACACAUAUGUAUAUUAGAAAUGUAUAUUUUAAUUUUAGUUCCAAAGGUAGACAGUUUUAAGUCGCACCUAUCAUUCUUCUGAUAUUUCUCUUUUCACUUCUACUUCUGAUGUAAAUAAACUGGUUUUUUUUUUAUAUUUUCCCGCUAUACCUUCAUUAUAUUUCACUAUAUCUUUUCUUUAUUUCCUCUCA